AUGACUGGUAGCGAGCAUAAUGACAAUUCUAUAUGGACGAGCAGGGCCGAAUCAGACAAGAUCCAACAGAUCUGGUGGUAUCCAGCUUUCAAGCCAACUUCAACUAUUUCUAGGAAGCAACAAACUGUGACGAGAGACAAACAUGACACAGAACUCAUCGCUAGAGGUCGCCAUGAUCCUUGUGUGGUUCCCCGAGCUGUUCCAAUGGUUGAAGCAAUGGUAGCCCUGGUGCUUGUCGAUCAGUUAAUGGCUCAGUAUGCACAGUGUAUGAUGUUCCCAAUUAAUCCUGAACUACAGGAACCCUUGAAGUCAUCGACACCUGAGUCAGCUGAGGUUACCCUCUGAACGGAGCAGUGCAGCUUUGUACCUUGAAACAACUUCUUGCUAAACCUAUCCUUAAAUUUUUUUUUUUCCUUCUGAAGAGUGUACUUCUUGUGGCCUUCUGUUUUAUCAACCCUUACUGUUUAGAGAAUAUAGAUAUCUCCUGUUUGCCUCUUUA